GGUGUGUCCUGCACAGCUCUUAUCUUUCUGUUGUUUUUUCGCCCAGAACCCACUGCAACCCCAAGCAGGAUCAAGUGCAUGCAAAAACAACAAUAAAGUAAUGUUUUUUGUUUGUUUUUCCUUCAAAAAUUCAAAAGCGAGAGGAUUUUCUUCAAAUCUGGCAACAUCGAUGGAAGCUCAGUAAGAGUGCACGUGGGGAUCCAGCUGUUUAAGCAGCGCGAGGUUUCAGCCCGUUAACCGGAGCUGCGGUGUCUCAGAGCUACUGUUUCUCUGUGCAGCACGCGCCGGGAUUUCACUCAGGAUUUCUAUAUUGCAGGAGGAGGAAACUUUUUUUUUUGACUCAACCCGCCCCUCUGCAUUUUGGGAUUUGAUCGUAGGCUGUUUGCAGGAAGUCCGUUCACAUCCUGUAUCCUGCAUCUGAGAGCUGUGGCUUUAUUAGAGCUCUGUCCAUCUCUCCGGUAAACAUGAUGCAGUGCCGGCGCGCGGACAAACGCUCUCUCAUAGCGGCGCUUCUGCACGCGCUCGUGCAGGUGACCAUCACUCUCACCGCUCACGUGCCGGAGGGGAAGCUUCUGAAAACUGCCGUCAUGAAGUUGGAACAGCAUGAGACUACAGUACCACGUCUGCUGGAUGGAAAAAAGCAACACUCAGUCAGCUGGCUUCGCUCUAGGGCUCCUCCAGCUCUACUGCAGAUAUUGAUAGAAGCAGAAGGCCAGCAGUUGAUCCUCUCGUUGAAGAAGAAUGAGGGACUCUUUAGCAGCAAUUACAGUGAAACACACUACAGAGAGAAUGGACGAGCAGUCACUCAAAACUCUAUGGUGAACUGCUAUUAUCACGGUGAAGUUGAAGGACACACCGACUCGGAUGUCAGUCUCAGCACUUGCUCUGGUCUCAGGGGGUUCAUCUUACUUACAAAUGAGAUGUUCAUGGUGGAGCCUGCUUUUGAGCCAGACAACGGUACACACAUGGUUUACAGAGGAGAACAUUUACGCUUCCCUUCAGGAAUCUGUGGUCAUGGACACAACAUGUCCAACAUCAGCCAAGGGAAUGUCCAGGAACUGUUACAAUCCUUCAACUCCAGGCAUAAAAGAGAUGCACAGAAGACCACCAAAUAUGUGGAGCUCAUUAUUGUGGCAGACAACAGGGAGUAUCAUAAACAUGGGAAAGAUGUAGAGAAGGUGAAGCAGAGGAUGGCUGAGAUCGCUAAUUAUGUUGACAAGUUCUACAGGGUUCUAAAUAUCAGAGUAGCUCUGGUGGGGCUGGAGGUUUGGAGUGACUCUGACAAAUGUGCAGUGACACAGGACCCGUUUACUACCCUGCAUGAGUUUCUAGACUGGAGAAAACUCAAACUGCUACCUCUCAGACCUCAUGACAAUGCUCAGCUUAUCAGUGGUGUGUAUUUCCAGGGGACUACCAUUGGCAUGGCCCCCAUCAUGAGCAUGUGUACCGCAGAGCAGUCUGGAGGAAUCGUCAUGGAUCACUCAGACAAUCCACUGGGAGCAGCCGUGACUUUAGCUCAUGAAUUAGGCCACAACUUUGGAAUGAACCAUGACACUCCCGAGCGGGGGUGUGGCUGUGGGAUGACAGUGGAACGUGGAGGCUGUAUCAUGACACCAUCCACAGGGUAUCCAUUCCCCACUGUGUUCAGCACAUGCAGCAAGAAGGAUCUUGCAGCAAGUUUGGAUAAGGGAGUGGGAAUGUGUCUCUACAACAUCCCAGAGGUCAAAGUGCUGUACGGGGGACAGAAAUGUGGCAACGGUUACGUGGAGGAGGGAGAGGAGUGUGACUGCGGAGAACCAGAGGAGUGUGUGAACCCAUGCUGCAACGCAACUACCUGUACCCUAAAAGAAGAUGCUGUAUGUGCACAUGGACAGUGCUGUGAGGACUGCAAGCUGAAGCCUGCUGGUACACCAUGCAGAGAGUUAAGUAACUCAUGUGACCUGCCUGAGUUCUGCACUGGUUCGAAUCCUCACUGCCCGGCCAAUGUCUACCUGCACGAUGGUCACGCGUGCCACACAGUUGAUGGCUAUUGUUACAAUGGCAUCUGCCAAACCCAUGAACAGCAGUGCAUCACUCUCUGGGGUCCAGGGGCCAAACCUGCCCCUGGGAUCUGCUUUGAAAGAGUGAACUCUGCUGGUGAUCCCUAUGGUAACUGUGGCAAAGAUUCCAAAGGCUCCUUCGCCAAAUGUGAUGCAUGGGAUGCUAAAUGUGGUAAAAUCCAGUGCCAGGGUGGUGCCAGUCGACCUGUAAUUGGAACCAAUGCUGUAUCCAUAGAGACCAACAUCCCCCUGCAUGAGGGAGGGCGUAUCCUCUGUCGGGGGACACACGUAUACCUCGGGGACGACAUGCCUGACCCAGGACUGGUGCUGAGUGGCACCAAGUGUGCUGAGGGCAUGAUGUGUUUGAACAGACAGUGUCAAAAUGUCAGUGUGUUUGGAGUGCAUGAGUGUUCAGGGAAGUGCCAUGGCAGAGGGGUGUGUAAUAAUAAGAAAAAUUGCCACUGUGAAGCUCAUUGGGCACCACCGUACUGCGAGAGGUCAGGGUUUGGUGGCAGCGUGGAUAGUGGACCAAUGAGAUUGGCAGAUGUGCACGUGUGUGUAUUAAUGUGUGUAUUGUCCUAUGUGAUGUCAGCUGAUAGCCGGGCCAUCACCACAGGCGUGCUGGUCACUGUCUUCUGCCUGUUUGCGGCUGGCUUGUUUAUCUGCUUGAAGAGGAAGACACUGCUCCAGCUGCUCUUUACUAAUAAGAAGAGCACCAUUCAGAAACUCAGAUCGGUGGGAUGGAGGAGAACAACCAGUCCAUCACACUCACAGCCUGUGUACAGAGAUUCUCCUCAGCACAAAUCCCCAUCCAGAACUGCGAACUGUAGUUUAGAUAAGCGCUGUCAAUUCAGUGCAGAGCCUCUUCUGCCUCCUGCUUCAUUCCACCCUCACAGUUUGCGACGGUUUCCUCACUGCCCUGCCCAGUGCCAACCCCUCCACAUUAGCCACCCCAUUCCCAUCACACUGGGUCUGGGUCGGGCUGCUGGCCUACAAGAUCUGCCUCCUGUUCCUCCCCACAGGCCUCUGCCCAGACACACCCAGUCUCCUGUGAGAGCAUCUCCUUUUUUUACCCUCCCGCGGCAGCCAGGCUUUAUGGCUAAUCAGGACCAUGAGAAGCCCAGUCCUCCCCAAAAGCCACUGCCUGCAGACCCUCCAGUUCGAGGUUACAGAAUGGCCAGGAGCACAUCAGCAGUUGGAGUGUCCACAUCAGGCCCAGUCCCAACUGCACCGCGACCUCCACCUGCUAUACUACAGACAGCAAGGCCAACACAAAGACUACCACCUUCUUUAUACGAGCGCUGAAAUGAGCUCCUGAUAAAAUCAAGGACGAAUUCCACCAGCGAAUGGACACUUAUUUGCACUAUGAAAACUCUAGUGGACCCACUGCACACCCCUGUGGAACAUUGUAGAGUAUUUGUUUUUUAAGAAGUGAACUGUGCUUAAUUCUUGGUGCUGUGCCUCACACAAGGUGCUCAGCAUUCUCACUCAGGUACUGUGGAAAUGAGAUGUAUACAGUAUUUAUUGUCAGAAGAACACAAUGCACUGUGGUCAACACUUUUUUCUAUGGUGGUUAUUAUUGUGAACUUUUUACUCAUGUUUGUGCUUGUCGUUUUUUUGUCAACUCUAUGAACACAUAUCGAUUUCAAAUCUCGAAGACUGUUUGGCUUUUAUUUUAGUCUGUACUAGGGCAAAAUCCUGUGAUGUUCCUGUAAAUAAAAUAUGAAUGGAUGUUGUAAAAAUACUAGACAUACAUUUACACGUACAGCAUUUGGCAGAUGCCUUUAUACAGAGCGACGUACAAAAGUGCUUUUAAGUGUCUAUCGAAGAACACAUUAACACGUUCACUAGGUUACAGACUUGGGAUACCAUCAACCUAAAACAUUGCUAGUUUAAGUGUUUGAAGAAGAGGUAGUACUUCACCCGUCGUUUAAAGAUGUUCAGAUAUCUAGGUUUAUUUCACCACCUCGUUUCCAGAACAGAAAUGAGUCUUGCUGUAUGUCUACCUCUUCCCCUGAGAGAUGGUGGGACCACUCGAGCAGUGCUGGUAGAUCUGAGGGAGCGAGGUACAGUGCGAGGAGUAAUAAGAACUUUGAUCUAAGAGCGAGCUGGUCCAUUUUUAAGCAAGCAUCAGUGUUUUGAAUCUACUGCAUGCAGCUACUGGAAGCCAGUGAAGGGAGCGUAGCAUUAUAGUGAACGUAUCAACAAACCUCAACAAUAUGUGAACUCUAACUAAAAACAUACAGAACAAA